GAUUAUUCAACAUCAUUUUCUAGCACACUCAUGCUAGAUUGCAAUGAUUAUCACUGCUUUGAUCCUCUCUUUGAUAGUGUCGAUAAAACAGCAUCCGCUAGGGUGAUAAAUGUGCGAGUCUGUUUACAUUUCUCUUUUCUUGCGUUAUUGGUGGGUAAAUUUAGCUCAAGUUGCAGGCAUCAACUCAGUAACCGAACAUACACAGCAUGGUCAUUGCUCUCCUCCGUCUCCCCUCAUCGGUGAACUUGGGUUGUGGCUAUUGGGUACACAAUGUACGACCAUGCUUUUGAUGUAAAACAACUGCGCAAGAGACGGAUAGAAACAGGGGGGCGCAGAGAAGAAGAAGGGGGGACGUGAGUAUCGUGUGCUGUUGCACAAUGUUCAUCUUCAUGGGUCCUUCGCUUCGCGCAGUGGACACGCAACAUCCCUCCAUUUAUCGUUUCAGCUCUUUGCGCACACUUGUAAAUUAGCUGCUCAUUUUCUUGAGAUACGUCCUAUCGUUGCAGCUCGGCCCCUUCCAUGGUACCAAUAACUUUCUCAAGUCAAGUGAGAUGAUAGAAGAAUAUUAAAUAAGAUUAAAUAAAUUACCUUUUCUCAUAAGCAGAACAUUUAUUUUUGACAAAACUUUGACUGUCAAAGUACUUCUCCCAUUCGCGUGUGCUAAUCUAAAAGUUAAAAUGGAUAAAACAAGUCAAAAGACAACACCUACACUGGAGAAAGAAGAACAAAAUGAGAGGACAGAAGACAGGAAGAAGAUGAGAAAAACCAAAGGGGCUGAACCAGAAGCUUCCUCAAAGAGUAUUACAAGUGACGUUAAGCUGCAGCAGCAGCCUAGUCCGAGGGAGUUAACAGAUACAAAGUCUGACCAGUCAGAUGGAAAUUUGAGAAUGAAAAUAGGGGUUGGAGCAAAACGGACAAAGAAGCCCCCAAAGAGCCUUGAGAACUUCAUAUGCAGGCCCACAAUCAGAAUCUCUCAGAGGCUUGCACAUGGAGAUGGUCAUAGUUCAUGUGGAGGGGAAGUCUCCAGUUCUGAGAUCAGAGUAGCCAAGCAAUCACAUUCUGAGAUUCAGAAAAAAGAUCGGAACGAUUGCAUCUCUCCAAAAGCAUCCACAAGGCUGAGUGUCCCACUUUCCAAUACAUCCAGAAAAGAUGACUCUACACCAGUCAUUAGAGCCUCUAAAAAGGCUCUAUCAAAGCACUUGAAGAAGACUGACUCAAAGUCAUUAUUAACAUCAGAUGGACCUCCCUAUGCAGUUCAACCACAGACAGAUAGCAAAGUACCACUUUCAGAUAGGACUACCUCCUCUACCUUGCAGAAGCAGACGUAUUCACCUCCAGCUGCCCCUUCUCCAACUUCCUUAUUACAACAGAACUCCAGUCCACAAGACAGCACCCAAGUUUUAAAUGCUCAAAAAGAAAAGGGUGAAGAUCUCACAACUGGAGAAGCAAUGACCUCCUCCCUCAGUUCACAUGGUUUAAAUGAUAUGAAUGCUCAGACAUCUCAGCAGUCCUCUUCCAAUAUUGAAAAUGACAGUGAAAGUACAUCACUUCCAUUAUCAUGUAGUGAAAAUUUUGUAAAGCAAACUCCCUGCCCUGCAAAAAAAACUAGAACCAGGGAAAGUAAUGUUUACAAGGUUUUAAAUGCUAAAGAGAAAGAAGAUGGUGAUUCUGCAUGUUCCAAAAACACUAGUAACACCAUAACUAACAGUAGGAGUAAGGAAAAUGGUUUAUUGCAUCAGCAAAGUCCCUCUAUCAAGACACCAUUGCUCCUUACUGCUUCAGAUAAACCUGCCGAAUCAGCAACUCCUGAGAACAGCACUUGUAUGCUAGAGUUUCUGGACAGCAGAGGAAGAAAUAAGAAGUAUACUGAAAGUGAAGUUAUAGAUGACACCAGAAAGAUGACUGUGGAACCUACUCAAGCUGUUGCUGUCCAGCCAAAAGAUGGCAGCAGGGUGGGACAUAUCAUUGACAAGAAUAAGAAGAGAUCUAGGCAUAGUGCAAACCAGGACGAAGAUGUGCAGUGUUCCUCUCAACCCCCUGGGUGUGCAGAUUCUCAGUUUAACAGUUCCGAUCCAAGUGAUGUGCCACCUUCACAUCCCAAACAAAACAUCAUGUCACAGAAGAAACAAAAAGCUGUUCAAAUGACUAAGAUGGAAAAUCUGGGCAAGGAGAUGGAAUUGUUGAAAACUGCUAAUGUUAGUUCCACUGCCUGUAAAAAGAUUCCACAAAAAUUAAACCUUAAAAAAAUUCCUUCCAUUAAUUCAUCAAAGGCAUUGUCAACAAAGCAGGGUAAAUCAAGACAAGUUGGACAACCUUCUAAUUCUAUACAACUGCCAAAUUCAUCACCUAUAUCAGAAACCUUUUCCUUUGAGCCCCCUCCUAAGAAAAGGGGUCGUCCAAAAAUGGCCAGGUUGGAAGAGACUCUUCAGGAAAGUAAGUCUCAAAUGUCCCCUACUAAAUUUCCUAUGCUUAAACAUGCAAAUAUCCCUGAUCCAGAGAAUAGCCUGAAAUUCCCAAAGCCAGCUCCCAAAACACUAGUUCAACCCAAAUGUUCCACGUCUGUCAAGAAAAAGAGAUCUAAAUCACUAGACUCAGCAUCAGGGAAGAGGGGUGCUGAAGGAAAACUCAGACCCUCCUUGUCUAAAGCUAGAGAUGCUCAGAUCAGCCGCAAACGAAACAGGUUGAUAAUGAAGACAGUAAUCACAAAUAUCAAUAGGAUGAGAGUGAAGAAGAAGGAUAAGGUACUCACACAGUUCCUUUCAGGGCAAAAACAAAGUAACAGAUCAGAUUUUUCUCAGACAGACAAUGAAGGUGAUGCCGAUUGUUCAGUUUCAGAUGGAGCACACUCUUUAUCCUCACUUGUUACCUCUUUUGGGGGAAAACUUGGUCCACAAAUAAAUAUCAGCAAACGUGGAACUAUCUACAUAGGAAAAAGGAGAGGUCGUAAACCUAAAGCUCAAACAGAAACUUCUGGUCAAGACUCUGAACAAGUUUUGGGUCAAAAGUCUCAGCAAGUCUUGACAGAGUCUUCUAAUAAGUUAAACUCUUGGUCCACCUCUGGUGAACAUAGUCAUUCAUUUGAUAGCCAGUCUCCUUUGUGUAGCUCUCCCUAUUCAUUUAAGCAUCUUGAUUCCCCUUCACCCACUCUUAGUUCUUUCCGAAGAAAGUUUCAUCUUGGCAACCGUGAAUAUGAUCAACUUUCUGCUCCUAAGGUAACCAGUUCCCAAAAGGUAAAAGCAGUGCACAAAGAGAAAUCAAAACCUCCUUCCUCCUCGCAAUCUGCACCACGCCCUUCAGCCACAUCCCAGUUAGGCUCUGUAAGGAUUCAAGACCACAGAACUACACACCUUGGGCGAUCAGUAUUGAUGGAGCAAGAAAGACUCAAAUACAAGUGCCAUAGAAAAGGUCAUAAUUGCUUCAGCCAUGAUAAGAUUAGAGGACAUACACACAAAUGUAAGAAGAAGUAUCUUCAACUCAGGGCUAAAAGGCAAGACCCUGCCUUCCAGUCUGAGAUUGAGGAGUUAGUGGUCAGACUUAGUGAGAUUCGUAUUGUGCAUCAUAUUUCAUCACGAGGGUGUGGCGAUGAAGCAAAAUCUGGCAGGAAGAGUGGGAAAGGGAAAGCUCAUCCUCACGUUCUUCAGUGUCUACCACAAAACCUCCAUCAUCCAACCAUGUUUCAAAUCAACUUCAGUGGUUACUACUCCCCUCAGUCAGAAUUUUCUCGUGACUCUCUGCAUUAUGUCGGAAUGGCAGAUAUUAAGAGGAACAAUGGGUGUCCCUCUCAACCAGGUGAACAUAUUGUCACACAUUGCCCGGUAGUGCACAAACUUGGCUUUCCACUGUCAGGAGGCGGUUGUUACCAUCCACCAUACAAAAUGCCACUCUCUACCACUUCACUUGGUUUUGGACUUUAUAGGGGAUACCCUCCAUCUGCAACUAUAUACCCUUCGUCACCCUUUCUACCCUCUUAUGUGCACCCCUACUCCAAAAAUCCCAUUUUAAGUCCAUCAAAGUUCCAUAAAAAGAAGCACAAGUUUCUGAGACGUGACUCUCUGCUUUUUGGCGGGAAGCCACAGGGGACAUAUGCUAAUGUAACAUCUCAUUCCCCUAGUGACUGGUUCAGUAGAAAUAGCUGGCAAAGAGAAGACAGCAGAGAGCAGGCUAGAGAUAAAAGGUUUGUGGAUGAUAGGCUUAGAGAAAGAGAAGGAAAAGAGAGUUUACUAGGACAAAGUAAUCUCAGAAAAGACCAUUUCAGAAGGGGCACGCCCUCAAAUCCUCCCUGCUCUUCCUCAACACCCUCGAAACAAGCAGACAAACACAAAACUUCACCACUUUCAUAUAUAGGACCUGCACAUCUGAGACCGGUAUCAAAACUUAGGUGGGCAGAGCAUCAGCAGCCAUGGAGGUGGAGAGAGAGCACUCAGGUAGAGCCGGGGAACAGGGUUUUAAACAAAGGAGCUGGGUCAGGGUACCAGGAGGAUGAUGAUGAAGAUGAUGAAGACCUAUCAACACCUCCCCUAGGAGACAGAGCCAUCCACCAUCAUUCUUUCCUAAGAAACCCCAAUCUUGUUAGUAGCGCUUACAGUCGAAUGACAGCUCAAAGGAGGAUUGGUGAAGUUCAGUCUGCUUCAAGGAACUUAAUGAGACCUGGAAGCUCAUUGAUGACCGAUUGCUCAGCUGGAGGCAUAAGGACAUCAGGUGAGAUGGGGCUCCAACUCCACAGCGGGCUUCCGGAGCCCCGCCUCCACCUCAGUUGCUGGUGCCUUCAGCACUGCCUUGGACCUCCGGACCCUCCGUGUCACCCUCUCCGUCUGCUCGGCUCCAACCUGGGCUCCUCAUCCACCGGUGCAGUCUCCGUUAGUCAGCCCCCUGGUGUUGUCGGCUCCUCCUCCACCAUGGCUCCUCCCGCCGUCGACUCCACCGAGGGUCAUCAGCCUGGCUGGUCUCUGGAUGACCAUCUGGCUUCUCCUGCUCCGGGCUUCUCCCUGGUUCCUCCCUCCAUCCACUCCACCCUGGUUCCAUGUUCCCUCAUUGCCUGCCCCUUGCAUGCCCCACGCCCGCCUCCUGAACCCCCACCCUCCCUCCGCUGGACUGUCUCUUUCGCUGAUUGGUCACCUCUUUUCCCUUGCUGUUUCAAUUCUAAAAAUAUAAUGGUAACCAAAAGUAAACUGAAACAUGUCAGAAAGCCUCUCAAGAAGAAGACUCCCAAAGGUCAAGAGGUCACAGGAAGUGAGGUGAAGAGAAGAGGACGAGGUCGACCAAGAAAAAACCCUGCACCGUGCUUUUCUAAACCUUUCCCUGCUACACCUUUACGUCAUGAAGCCACAGAGUCUCCUUGGAAACGUAAAAAAGGUGAAAGAGAUGACUACACAGUACUCAAUGCGACUGAGUCCAUGGCUCAACAUGAGAAAAAGAAAAGAAGGAAAGAAAGAGAUGAAACGAGGAGCAGUGAAGCACAGGUAGAUGAAGACGAAGACACAGGUCCGAGCCAAGAGCCCUCACAGUUGCACAUCAACACAUCCUCACCUUCCCAGGAUCCAUCAGUGUCUGUAAUCAGCCAGUCAGAGAAGAGGUCUGAUGUGGAAGCUGAAAAGAAAUAUGAGUGGGCGGGGCUUUACUCUGAUGUGUAUAAAAGCGAGAACCCCACGAGUCUGUUCUCUCCAGUACACACAGACUGCCUUGACUAUGAUCCUGAAGAACAUGAGCACGGUCUACUUCCUGCACCUAUACACGUAGGGAAGUAUCUGAGGCUGAAACGGAUUGACUUUCAGUUGCCCUAUGACAUAUAUCGACUCUGUGAAAAGCAAAAGCAUCCUAAAAAGUCACGAAAGACCCCGCAAAAGAUGGCCCCAUCCAAUGGAUCUGUUGAUGUAAUGUCUCGCACUCAGACCGAAGACAGUUCCAGUAAACAUCAGAAGCUCAGUGUGACUCAUGACUGCGUUUCUGACCGCCCUAAUAGGUAAAUCAACACACACAUACACUAUCACAUUC